AUGGAAGAAAGAGAUUGGAAGAACUUCAAAAGCCUUGUUAUGAAAGCAGCUGGUCUUGAUAAAGAGGAUGUACCGGAAUCAAGGAAGAUUCGUAUUGAGAAUCGACUACGGGAGUUAUUCCCUGCAAUUCGCAAUGUUCCUGAUAAUCCCACCUAUGCAUCGAUGAUUCUUAAAGCCAUAACGGAUUUAAAUGAGGAAACGGGCUCUUCAGAAGAGGCAAUAUCGAAUUUCAUGAAAACUGAGUACAAGACUCUGCCAUGGGCUCAUUCUACUAUUCUUAGGCAUCACUUAAGAAAUCUUUGUGAGACUGGCGAAAUUGUAAUUACCGAUGAAAUGCUCUUUAUGCUACCUAAAGAUCCAGCUGAGACAAACCUCACCCUAGAUCAUUCAAGGGAGCAACAACAUGGUAAACAGGUUCUAUCCCCUAAAAGGAAUAAUGCUGAGAAAGUACACAAACUGAAUAAAAAUUGGGGAAUGGGUGUGUUUCAAAUGGAAAAGGAACAUCACAGGCCGAAAAUUAUACUUAAGUUUAAAUGUCCGAAUUUAGAUAAACCCGAUGGUUCACAGGGAUAUGAAGAACAGUUAGGGCGUGGGCAACGUAAUAAGGGUAAAAGGCGCAAAUCUUUUUUUUGUUUGGACCAAAGGUCUCUAGAAUGUCCAACUCCUCGUAAACAAAGGAGUAAAAGACCUGCAAGAUUUAUAAACCCUACCCAAAGAAAUGAGGCCUUCCAGUUUGGAGGAGAAAGGAAGUAUACUCGGUUUUUGCUGCCACAUGAAUCCAAUGAAGACAAACCUUUAGAAACGGCCAGGAUUUCGUUGCCAGCUACUCGUCCUCAAGGGAAACCUCCAAAGUGCAAAUUGAUGAAUGAUGGAGAACCGAAGUUUUCUGCAACGAUACCAGAAGGGAUAAUUAUUGCAUUACCUGCACAGCCCAAGAAGCAGGUGAAGCUAAUGAGGCAGAGCUUGAAAAUGUAAGUUGAUGUAUCAUUUUGGUAGUUGAUUAUGAGGCUGGUAAGAUUUUGAGGUAAAAAAUGGAUGAAUGGAGAUACUUUUUCCCUUAGUUUAAAACAAGUACUAUCACUAUUCUUGUUUUGAUUUGAGCUUAGAACUAGUCUCUUUGUUCAUAUUGGCUUCUCUUGGUUAGACAAGUUAAAUGUCAUUGAGUGGAUAUUUUUUGCUCAAGAUGUUGUACUUUUGGUUUGUAUUGGUCGAAAGAACCCAUGAUUGCAUCUUUAUUGUUAUAAGUAAUUUUCUUUUA